UGUUGUAGUAUUAUAAUAUGUAUGACAUGUAUUUUGUAUUAAAUUGAGAAAAUAUGUAACAUGUCUGCUUCAAGCUUACACCACAACCUGUCUCCAUGGUGCCUCUCUUCUCCACUCCUUACUAUAUUCCCUCUGUUCUUCUUUUGAGACAAUUUCUAUCUUCCAUGAUCAAGGGAAGCUUUUAUCUAUCUUUCCUGCAAAGUAAACAUCUUUUUGGAUUUCCAUUCUUCACUUGUUUUUUCUCUUUGGUUUGGUGGGUUCCUCACUGAACAUGGCAACUGAACCUCAAGACUCUUCCAAGGGUCACAGUGGCCAAGGCCAUGCCACCACUCAAAAUAGAGAUGAUGUCCCAAUUCAAAAGGGUCCAGCAUCAUCUGAAAUAAUAGAGGAACUCCCAAGUGGACAACAUGGGACAAGGCAAAACCUUAUUUUGGAGAUACCUACAAUAGCUCAGGAGGAAACAAGAGAAGACUACGUGAGAAUAAACAUGCCUCUAACUCCACCUCCAAGAAGAGUGAUCUUUUCCCCCUGUCCAAGUCCAGUUUUCCCCAGAAGCAAAGAAUCCCCAGGUCCCUCCACAUCGAAAAAUAGAACAAAUAUUAAAACCUUUCUUCCUAAACUCAGUGUUAAAUUUCGCAACACAAGUUCAGAGAUUGAAAAGGCUGCCUUCCUAGCACUUGAAGGAGCAGCCAUAGCAGCACCGAAAAAGCCUUUUCUUUCAAGGACAUUAUCUCUUGUCACACCUAGAGGGAAGAAAACAUCAUCCUUACCUGUAACUCCAAUUGCUCAUUCAAAUCCAGGGUCCGUACAUGGAGGAAACAUGGUUUACACAGCAACAGAUGUUGAGAAAGAUCUGAAAUUACCAAUUCAUCGUUCCCGUUCAGUACCUGUGCUUAACAAAGAAGGUAACUCACCUGUACGUGGCAUGUUUCGUAUAGUUCCUACCGCACCACGAGUGGAUGAGAAAAUUGCCACAACACCAGUGACAUCACCUAUUCAUGACACUGUUGAAAAUGAGGAUGGUGGUGAGGAUAUUCCCGAAGAAGAAGCUGUUUGUAGAAUUUGUCUGGUUGAACUGGGAGAAGGUGCUGAUACUUUUAAAUUGGAGUGCAGCUGCAAAGGGGAGCUUUCAUUGGCACACAAAGAAUGUGCAAUCAAAUGGUUUACCAUUAAAGGUAAUAGAACAUGUGAUGUGUGCAAGCAAGAAGUUCAGAACCUACCUGUCACUCUUUUACGAGUUCAAAAUGGUCGGAACAUUCUUGGGGGCGGAGGUCAACAAGCUGAUUCUCAAUACAGGGUUUGGCAGGAUGCUCCCAUUCUUGUUGUUAUCAACAUGCUGGCUUACUUUUGUUUUCUUGAGCAGCUUCUUGUUUCUAAUAUGGGAUCUGGUGCUAUUGCCAUGUCUCUGCCAUUUUCUUGUAUAUUGGGUCUUCUAGCAAGCAUGACAGCUACAACAAUGGUGAGGAGAAAUCAUGUUUGGGUUUAUGCAACUGUUCAGUUUUGUCUGGUGGUUCUCGCUGGACAUCUUUUCUUCUCAUUGGUUCAUAUGCAAGCUGUUCUAGCUAUCCUGCUAGCUACAUUUACUGGGUUUGGAGUUGUAAUGUGUGGAGCUUCUAUUCUUAUGGAGAUUUUGAAGUGGAGGAGAUCAAGAUCACUUGCUCAGUCGAGUCAAGAACAGCAUGGUUCCCAAGAGGCAGUACCACCUGAUCAAACAUCCACAGUUGCUCAUCAAGCUCAGGUUGGUUCAGAACAAACUGAAAGUAAUUUGGGAGAGUCUCCUGGACAGAGGAGUUGACAGAAUUUUGGCUUAAAUAUGUUUUGGUCUCUCAAAUAUGACCUUUUAUUAGUCACUAUUUAAAUUUUAAUCAGUUUUAGUCCCUACAUUUAAUAAAAAAAAACAACUUUUCAGUCCCUCACAUCAAGUAUUAAAAGCAUAUGAUUUUUAAAGCAAAAUAUUAAAUAAUUAGAGAUUAAUUAAAAAAAAAGGCUGUAUUUUCAGGAUAAAAAUGUAUUUAAGCUAUUGGGUGAAAGCUGGCAUCAUAAAGGUAUCUGGCUGUAUAUAAUGUACAUGUUGUAUAGACAAGUUUGGGCACAUUAGACUCUUGUUCUCCUUUCUGAUGCCAUGAGCCCAUGAUACAUGCAGGAAUAGAGAUGCAUUGUUGGCUUAAAAAAAAUAAUUGUUAGGCCACUUUUGUAUGAAACACUUGAGUCAAAAGUUGAAGAAAGGUGGUUUUUAUACUACAA